AUGUGGAUCCGCACCCCCGUGUUCCCCGCAACUCAGAGCUCGGGAUUGCCGGGACCGGCGCUGGACUUCGCGUAUACCCUCCUGCAGGAGAUCCAAGAUAACGCUGCAGAAUUCUCGCAACGCCUGAUUGAGCAAUUCCCCCAUGACCGGAAGGUGGUCGACAAGUCAGACCUAUGGAGGCAGGCGGGGGAAGAGGACCAAACGGAACUUGCACGAGCCUGGGUAUCUGAUCGGAACGACCAGUAUGUUGGUGCGGCCGUUAGAACGAGGGUGAUCACCUAUAAAGAGGUUACUAUGCCCGACACUAUUACGCUGAUUGAAGGGUAG